AUGGUUAAACCAACUGGCCAGUCGUAUUUGCUAACAGAACUCAGUGGACAUGACGGUCCAGUAUGGCAAGUGGCAUGGGGUCAUCCAAAAUUUGAUAAUAUCCUUGCGUCCUGCUCUUAUGACAAGAAAGUUAUCAUUUGGAAAGAAAUCUCGGGAAAAUGGCAAAAAAUUUAUGAAUCUGCUCAACACGAAUCAAGUGUUAAUUCUAUAAGUUGGUCCCCUCAUCAGUACGGUUUGAUCUUGGCAUGCGCUUCGACUGACACUUCAAUUUCUAUUUUAACGUUCAAUCCCAAAGAAGGCACUUGGAAUGUGCGAAAGAUUUUAAAAGCACACGAUCAAGGAUGUAAUGCAGUUUCUUGGUGCCCGUAUGUGCAAGAUUCCUCGUCUAUUGGUCAAGAUGAAGCAAGUUUCGGCAGUAAGAGAAUUGUUUCUGGCGGUGACGAUAGUUUAGCCAAAAUAUGGAAGGACAGAGGUGACGGAACGUGGGAACUAGAUCAUACUUUGGACGGGCAUUCUGACUGGGUUCGUGAUGUUGCUUGGUCGCCAGUAAUCAUGCAGAAUCUUCAUACUAUUGCAACAUGUGGUCAGGAUAAAAAGGUUUUCAUUUGGCGUUGCUCUGAUCUUGAGCAAAAGAAGUGGGUCGGCUUGACCAUAGAAGAAUUUGAUGAUGCACUCUGGCACAUUAGUUGGUCUCUGUGUGGAAGAAUAUUGGCUGUUUCCGGUGGUGAUAAUAAGAUCAGCUUAUGGAGGGAAAAUAUGCAGAAUCAGUGGAUAAGGAUAUCAGAUGCUGAAGAUGAGAAAAAAGCUGAUUAA